GUAUGCUGCGAUCUGUUGCCGGUGCGCUCUUGGAUCCUUCAAGGGAGGUCCGGGGUGCUGCGGCAUCCUGCUUUGCCAGCUUCGCACGACGCAAUCCACCUCAAGAGCUGACAAAGGUGGUCUUUGAGCGCUUGCUCAAGCAAGAUCAGGAGUUCCGGACUGAUGAUGUGCAACGGAACUCUUAUCGCAUCUCAUUGUCGCGGGCGUUGUGGGAGGUCUGCAGGCGAUGCGACGAUAGUAUGAUAGAGUCUGAGCUCAAGUCGGCGAUUGCAUCCAAGGCCUUCAGUCUACGCUGGAGUAGCGAAGCCGAAGUGAAGACUGGCUGGGAGUCCCUUUGGGGUGAGCUUUGUCCCACAACUGCUGGCGGAGUUCAGCGUUAUCGCAGUGCCAUUUGUGCUGAGCUGGCAGAUGCAUUUGCAGAAAGUGUCUCUCGCGCUGACAAGGUCAGUGCUGCAAAGGCUGUCUCUGGUUUGGCAGCACAGCUAGAGAAGGUUGAUCCACGUCCGUGCUUCGCUGAGGACAGCAGCAUUCAAUGUCUUCUUGCAAGCUUGAAGGCAGCCGUGCAGACACUUCCAACCUUUGAUGGCUCCGGAAAUCUGGUUCGGGCGCUUGCCGACCUUGCUGCUGUCAGCUAUCGACGAAAGAGGGGUGAGGAAGCAGCUGGAGUCAAUGAAGAUGUGACUGGCAUCUCCUUGAUUCUGAGCUUUUGCUCGAAAGGCCCGCUGGCAGAACGCGCUGCUGUUGCGCAAGCCUAUUUAGAGGUGACUGCAGCAACCAGACUAUGGCCACCCUUGGCAGAUGCAGAAAGGCACUACAAAGAGGCGGCAUUGUAUGUUGAUCAGUUGCAACAAGAAGUUGAACAAGAGGAGAGAGAACCGGGGCAGGCUCCUCCGAAAAUCCACAGAGGGAAGGGCUCAAGUCCUGCCGAAGAGCUCCUAAGUUCCACACUGGACUUUUGGGCGACAGCACUGCAGCAAUGUCGGCGAGAGAUUGAAGAUGAAGGUGAUUUGGAGCCACCAGAAGGGGAGCUGGCCGCAUUCACAGGAGCAUCUCUGGCUGAAUUCAAGACAGGUUCCUUGACCUUACGUUUAUCAAUCAUCAGGUUAUGGAAGCAUGUCUUCAAACACUUUGCGCAGGAACAACUGUCGCUUCAAGCCUUGAGUGACGAGCACUUUGGGCGCAUCGUUUGGGCAAUACAGGACGCAUCAUGGGACCCGCGAUCUGAGAGACUUCGACGUCCAGCGUUGGAACUUGCCGCAAGCCUUGCCGAAGACACGGCCCAGAAGAAGGCGUUGCUUCGUGGUCUCCAUGCUGAAGCGGCGCUCGCUUCAGCAGAAUCCGCAGGAGCAGCAGCUGCUAGGGCAGUGCCUUUGACUGCCUGGCUUGAAAGGCCCCUCUUUCUGAAGAAUUUCGCGCAGAAUCAAAGUGCGCUCAAGGAUGGCAAGGUGAUGCUUUGCCCUCUGCAAGCUGUAGGCUCCAAUCCUAGCGCGAUGCCAGAGCCUUUGAGUCCGAAGUGGGAAGGCGUCCAAGCUCUGAUGCCCGCACUGCUGUUGCUCACAUUCUGCUUUUGUGAAGAGAUCAGGGUGUCCUGGCCACCGGUUGAGAAGCCCUCUGGCCAUGAUGAGCUCUGUUUGCAUUUAGCCCGCCUUCGAUGUGAACGGAAUAUCGAGGAGCUCUCUUUCCGACAGGAAUGCGAGGCACUUCUUGCCCGUGCUGUCGACCUCAGAGCUGACCGGAAAGAGCUGGGAGAGGAGACUGUUCGAUGGCAGAAACUGGCAGAGCACGAAGCUGAAAUUGAAGAGAGGAGCACUGCAAGGAGUGAGAAAGCCCAUCGGCUUUUGGUGAAUGAGCUCCAGGAAGGUCAAAAUGAGCUCAAAGCUGCUUCUGCUUCGUUGCGGGGUGUCUCAGCAGAUUGGGUGAUUGAAGACGAGCCCGAGAAGCGAUUGGAGCAAUCUAAGGCUGAGUGCCGCCGUGCCAGGGAUUGCGAAGAAGAGUACCAAGAGGCGCUAUCGGCCUCAAAGCAACUUGCCCGCUGUUUGCGGAACAAACUGGACUCCUUUACCCAGGACACAUUGCGGUCCACUGCUGAUACAGCGAAGAUGGCUUCUAGCCGUUGCGGAUUGCAGGAUCUUGAUAAACUACGCCAAGAAGUUCGACGUUUGAAUGUCCAAGUUGAGAUCGCCGAGAGGGAGUGCGGGGAAGAGGCCAAGAUACUUUGGCACCAGAAGGACACUGAGCUCCCUCGACUGCGGGCUGCUGAAUUAGAAAGGCAACAGCUUGUUGGGAGGCUCGGCCAGGCGCGGUAUGAUCGCGACCAUCUUGAGAGAAACUACACCCGCAUUCUCAAUGGAUUGCAGGAGCAUGAGGCGCGGAUGGAGCUUCAAUCGCAGCAGCUUUCAGAGGGAUUACUUCUGUGCAGACGUGAGGGAGAGGAGAUGGUGGCCACGAUGAAGGAGAACGACUGCAGCAUAGCUGAAAUGCGAAAGGAGAGGUGGGAGACAGAGGCAUUCAUCGAACAUUUGAGCAAUCAGGUUGCGAAGCUUGAGGACGAAAGAAACUCUCUAAAGUCCAGCCUCGGCAACGGCCCUGGCAGAUCAGGCGCCUUGACUGGCAUUGAUCACGAUGUACAGGUGAGUGUCUUGGCUGUGCUGGAUUCACAAGAUGCAAGCCUUCUUUCCCGACAAGAGCAGGAGGUAUGCCAAGAGUUGCUUCAAGAUGAGGCAGAUGCUCAGGCAGUAGUCGAGGAAAUGCAUCAACAGGAAGAUGCCCUACAAAAGGUGGAGAGUCGGAACGCUGAACUUCGUUCAGAGGUUGAAGCCUGCAAACCCUUGCUUUGA